AUGGAAAGUAUACAAAGAAAGAAAUGCUGCUAGCUUGUCAGUCAUAUUGCUGGAAAAUAAUAUCUACUGCCACUUAAAAGUUAAACCAUAUUCUACAAUAAUUUCGAUGAUUUACUGGAAGUAACUCUUGAUGUUCCAAUUAAUGAAGACUAUGGGAUAGGAAAACUAAUAGUGUAAAUUGGAGACGAAAUCAUUGAAGGAAAAAUAUUAGAGUAAUACAAAGCUUAAGAAAAAUAUGAAGAUGCAGUGGCCUAAGGUCAUACAGCAAUAAUGGCUUCGGAAGAUGAACAAAAAGAUGAAAUAAUCAAGUUAACCAUUGGAAAUCUCUUACCAGGGUAAGAAGCUACAGUUCAUCUUCAACUUCUCAAUGUUUUAAAGAUUGAAGGAGCAGCUUAUUGCCUAAGAGUACCUCUGUACUACUUCCCUAAAUACAGCUCAGGUCUAAGCUAAUACAGCUAUAAAUUCUAAGUUGAAAUCCUUUCUGACUCACCUGUUACUUAUCUAGGCUAUCCAAAAGAUUCAAAGAUGUUCUAAACGAUUUCUGAUAAAAAUUUACUCCAAAUUUAAAUUGAAAAAACCUAAGAUAAUGUAUUUUGUCUUGAGAAUGAUUUGAUUGUAUACUAUAGAAAUAAUGAUAUGGAAAGCACUGUGCUCUAUUCUUAAGAGUCAGAUAGACAUCCUAAUUAAGUAGCAAUUAUGCUUUCUGUUGUUCCAAGUUUCAUUGAAUCAACUAUCGAGAGCAGCCCAUCUUUAGAAAUUUUUGAAGAUGAUAUACCUAAUUCUUUAGAUGUCGAAUAUGAAAACUCAGAUGAUUGCAUGUUUAUAUUCUUAGUAGACAGAAGUGGGUCAAUGUCAGGAGAGAAGAUGAGAACUACAAUUGAAGCUUUAAAACUAUUCUUAAAAUCUUUACCAUCUAGCUCAAGUUUUGAAAUAAUUAGUUUUGGAUAUAAAUACUCAGUACUUUCAGGCUAGAAAAAUGGAUUCAAUUACUGUGAUGAAACAAUGAAUUUAGCUAUAAGUAAAAUAAAUCAUUUUGAAGCUGACAUGGGUGGCACAGAUAUAUAUCAGCCUUUAGAUUACGCGAUUCAUGAUAUAUAGACAAAACUUUAAAAACGGAUAUUUCUUCUUACAGAUGGAGAGGUAAACAAUAGAAAGUCAGUAAUUCGAUUAGCGAAGUAGUGUUCUUUUGAUACCAGAAUACACACUAUUGGUAUUGGAAGAGAUUGUGAUGCCAGCCUAGUUAAAAAAGUUGCAAAACAAGGAAGAGGAUCAUGCAGCUUAGUGCUAGAUAAUACAGAUUUAAGUGCUAUUGUUAUUCUAGCUUUGGGAAGAGCUAAAGACCCAUCUUAUAGUAACUGCAAAUUUACUCUGUCACCCAAUCCAAUCAUUACCACGAAUAAUAUGAAACAUAAAUUUUCAGGGUCUGUAGGCUACGAAUUGUUUAGAAAUGAAAUCUUCCUGCUACUCUCAAUAAUUCCAAAGAGCGAAUUCUCACAACUUAAAUUAAAAGCAUCAAGUGAUAUCCAUCCAGUCUCAAACAAAGGGAUUAAUCAUGUAUGGAGUUCAGAUGAUUUUAAAUAAUUAGAUAAAGGAGAAGAGCUCUUCAAAAUUGCAGCAAGAAUGAGAAUUAAUGAAUUGUCUACACCUGCAUUGAGAUAUCAAGAUGUUCCUGAAUAGGAUAUCAAAGAAAUAUCUCUUGAAUAUUAAGUUCUCAGCAAAUACACAUCAUUUUUAGCAAUUAGCAAGAAUGAUGAGAAGCCUAUCGGAUAACUUAGAUAAGUCUAAUUAGGGCAAAGCAACUAUCUUGAAUAAAUUGAGAAUCAAAGUUAGAAUCUAAAAUUGCCAUAUAGUUAUAGUCAUUCAACAAGCUAAGAGUCUAUAUUUGAAAAGAUUGGCUAUGCUGUAGUAAGCUUCUUUGGGUUGAUUUAAACUUCUUCAGCUCCAUUUCCUAAUGAGAUGGCAAUAAGUUCAAGUUAAAAUUAUACAAAGAGAUCAGAAUAAGCUCUAAAGUAAUUUGAAGAUGUUAAUUAACCAUUAUAAAAGGAAGAAGUAAGUUGUUAUCCUUUAAAAACUUUUCAACAAAAAGGAAAAAGAGAAAUUGUUCAAAAAGUACCUGCACCAAUCGGAGAUCAAGAUGAUAACAGUGAAAAUGAAGAAACUUAAUAUGAUAGAAUUAGCUAACAAACUAAAGUAUCGUGUAAGAAAUAAUCAACUUAGAUUAAACUAACUUGUAAACAAGAGGAAGAUAAGUAAAUUUAAAAUAAUCACCAUGAAUCCAAUAAAAUAAAUUCAGUAAGUCAAAGAUUUAUUGAUCCACUUCAACUACAAAAACAUACUAAUAUGAGUUAGAAAAUGCCACUCGGUAAAAUUUCAUAAACAGAAAUGAUUCAAAAGAAUAAGCCUCCUUAAAAUCUAAAAUUAAAUAUCAAAUCUCCCCUAAUAGAUAGAUAAUCAAAAACUUAUAAUGAUCUGAUAAUGGAUUAGUCAAGUUAAGGUUAUUGGUAGAGUGCAUAGGUAAUAUAAAGCUUUAUUGAGGAAGAUAUUUUCUCUGAUUAAGAUUUAAUUAAAGAAAUUAAGUAAUUACUUAAUGAUCAGGUUGCUUUUGAUUCAAUUUGGAUAACAUUGCUUGCUCUUUAUAUAUUGCAAAAGAAAUUUAAUUCAAAGAAGAACGAGUGGAAAUUAGUUGCUCAAAAGGGUAAUUUCUACAUUAGAUUAUAUGGAAUAAAGAAGCCAGACAAUUUCAUCAAGAAGAUUAAUUAUUAGGCGAUUUGA